GCACAACGCGCCUGCGCAGACCCUGAAAAGCGGCCAGGGUGGCCCCGCGCUUUCCUUUUCCGGUUGGGGCGCCGCGCGGUGAAGAUCUCGUCUCUACGCCUGCAAUCAUGCCGUCUAAGGGCCCUCUGCAGUCGGUGCAAGUCUUCGGACGCAAGAAGACGGCUACGGCCGUGGCGCAUUGCAAACGAGGUAACGGCCUCAUCAAGGUGAACGGACGACCCCUGGAGAUGAUCGAACCGCGCACGCUGCAAUACAAGCUACUGGAACCUGUUCUGCUCCUGGGCAAGGAGCGAUUUGCUGGUGUGGACAUCCGCGUCCGAGUGAAGGGUGGUGGUCACGUAGCCCAGAUUUAUGCCAUCCGCCAGUCCAUCUCCAAAGCCUUGGUGGCCUAUUACCAGAAAUAUGUGGAUGAGGCUUCCAAGAAGGAGAUCAAAGACAUCCUCAUCCAGUACGACCGGACCCUGCUGGUAGCCGAUCCCCGUCGCUGCGAGUCCAAGAAGUUUGGAGGUCCUGGUGCCCGUGCCCGCUACCAGAAAUCCUACCGAUAAGCCCAUCAUGAAGACCAGGGUUUCUCUUUAUAGCACCUUUAUAAUAAAUGUUGUGGAAUUUAA